AUCCUCCCCCACACAGCAGGAUCAGCACAGCUCUUCUGCCGGUGUAAGAUUGGUCGACAGCACGGGUGCCAUUUGGCGCAGUUUUGAGCUACAUCCGUUAACAAAGGGCGUCUAGUUAUUUAUUUACUGUCGUAUUUGUGAGUUUUAUUUAAUCCAGUUUGCCGUCAAAUAUUCACAAUGAGCGCAAUUAACGUUAAAAAGCUUAAAGUUAACGAGCUGAAGGACGAGCUGAAAAAGCGUAAUCUUUCGGACAAGGGGCUGAAGGCCGAGCUGAUGGACCGCCUGCAGGCCGCGGUGGACGAGGAGGCCCUUGCCGAAGGCUCGUCGCUGGACCAAGAAGCGGCGGCGGAUGAGGGUUUCGGCCAGGCCGCCGAACAGGAGGGUAUGGGAGAGGAAGAAGAGGGCGAGGGCCCGAUAGAAGAAAGCAUGGAAGCCAACGAGGUGGAGGGUGAGGAAGAAGAGCCGGAAAAUGGAGGCGACGGUGGUGGCGUCGCCGAGGACGAAGAGAUGGGUGAGGGGGAAGAGGACGGGGACGAGGAAGACGAAAUGGAUCCAAUGCUUAAGGGAGAUGUGGACGACAUGGAGAAAAUAGACGCAGAGGAUGGUGAGCCCGGGGACCAGGCUGCUGAGGGGGAUGCGGACAAAGACACGAAUGCUGAUCAGAAGAAUAAGAAGGGUGUUAAGAGACGCCGGGAGGAACAUGGAAGGGGCUACUUUGAAUUUAUUGAAGAGAACAAAUACAGCUGGGCCUCAUUUAAGUCUCCUGUGCCACCUCUGGAGGAAGAAGAUGAGGAGUUUGAUGAUACAAAAGUCUGCCUGGAUGCCUACAACUGCGAUCUGCACUUCAAGGUGUCACGGGACCGUUACAGUGCCUCAUCACUCACAAUGGAGAGUUUUGCUUACCUGUGGUCCGGAGGCAAGGCCACCUACGGUGUGAACAAAGGCAAAGCCUGCUUUGAGAUGAAGAUUACAGAGAAAAUUCCUGUUAAGCACAUUUCCAGCAAGAACAUGGAGAUUCAUGACGUGCAGGUCGGCUGGUCCCUGGCUACUGGCACCCUGCUCCUUGGUGAGGAGGAACAUUCUUACGCAUAUUCUGGGAAAGGCAAGAAGACUGCCAACUGUGUGACAGAGGACUUUGGGGAAACCUAUGAGGAGAAUGAUGUCAUCUGCUGCCUUAUUGACUUUGAGGGUGAGGAGGUGGUGUUGUCCUUCUCAAAGAAUGGUGGGGAGCCGGCUGUCGCUUUCCAGGUCAGCAAGGACACUCUGAAGGGCCAGGCCCUUUUUCCACACAUAAUCUGCCACAAUUGUGCUGUGGAGUUCAACUUUGGCCAGAUGGAGACUCCGUACUUCCCUCAGCCCCAGGGCUACACCUUCCUACAGCAGAUCCCUGUGAGUGAACGAGUCCGUGGUCUCAAGGGGCCACAGACGAAGGCUGACUGCGAGAUCAUAGUAAUGGUAGGCCUGCCAGGUUCAGGGAAGACUACAUGGGUGAAGAACCAUGUCCAGGAGAACCCUGGGAAAUACUACAUCCUGGGCAGCGACACCAUUGUGGACAAGAUGAUGAUCAACAGCCUGAAACGUCAGUCCAAGGACAUUACAAAACUAACUGCAAUUUCCCAGAGAGCACCACUUUUCUUGGGAAAGUUUAUUGAGAUUGCUGCCCGCAAGAAGAGAAACUACAUCUUGGAUCAUACCAACCUGUCUGCACCGGGCCAGAAGAGGAAGAUGUGCUUGUUUGCAGGCUUCCAGCGCAAGGCUGUGGUGGUCUGCCCCUCUGAUGACGACUACAAGCAGAGAGUCCAGCAGAAGGUUGAGAGUGAUGGCAAAGAAGUGCCUGAGCACGCUGUCUUCAAAAUGAAAAGCUUCUAUUCUCUGCCUGAAGAGGGAGAGAGCUUCAAUGAGGUCAUCUAUGCUGAGCUUCAGAAGGAGGAGGCUGCCAAGCUACUGGAACAGUACAAAGAGGAAAGCAAGACCGCUCUGCCAGCUGAGAAGAAACCCAACCAGGGAAGCACAACACCAAAAAGAGGCGGUGGCCUGCGUGGUGGUGGCCGGGGAGGCAAGAACCAGUUCAGCCGCGGCGGUGGACCUGGGCAGAGAGGCGGUGGCCGCGGAGGCUUCCAGAACAGAGGCAACUUCAGAGGAGCUCCUGGUCCUCGUGGUAGCUUCAACCGUCCACCCCCUCGUGGCUUCCUGCCUCCGCCAGCCUUCAGAGGAGGGUUCCCCAACCGUGGAAACUUCAACCGCGGCGGCCCCCUUCCCAGCCUUGGCGGAUCCCCCAGGGGUGGACCAAUGAGGGGUAACAUGGGACCCAGAGGGGGAGCCAUGAACAGAGGUGGCCCAAUGCACAGAGGGAACAUGAACAGAGGAGGUGGAGCCAGCAUGAACCGUGGCGGAAACCGGGGACAUCCUAGCCAGUUUCAGCCAAGAGGUGGUCACCGUGGCAACUUUGGUGGCAACAAGAAUGGCAACUUUGGUGGCAACAGGAACGGUGGCAACUUUGGAGGCAACAGGAACGGCAUGGACAAGGCUCAAGCCUUCAACCAGAGCUGGCAGCAAGGGUUCUGGAACCAGAAGCCAUGGAGCCAGCAGUAUCAGCCUGGAUAUUACUAAGACACUUGUUCUAACGGACUGGUGGCCGACAUGAGACCCACCGCUAGCCACGGAACAUCCUCCACCCCGCUUUUUGAUUUUUUUUCUUUUCCUAGAACCCACUUUUUAAUCUAAAACCCACCAACUGAAGACAAAAGCGAUAUGGAGCAACAACAUUCCACAUCAGAGGAGACCAGGCACCCUGAGUGUAAUUGAAGCUUUAUAUAUCUAUAUACACGUGCGAUGUGGGUUCAUUCUCAUUCAAUCAUCUGUUUUAUUUCUUCUGUUGUAUAUUUCAUUAUCUAAAAUUUUAUUUUUUUUAAUUUUAUUUUUUUCCCCCACCACUUUUAAAUAACGUGCUUUUUAAAAAAAAAUCUCAUGUUUGUAAUAUCAGGAACCAGAAACAUGUUGCCAACCUGGCAAAUGUUAGGAAAGAUUUUUUUUCAGGGUUGUGCAUUUUAUCUGUGCUUGUGAUUUUUGUUUUGCUUUUUUUUUAUUACAAAUUGUAAAUAUUUUUUCUUUUGCGUAGUUUGUUACAGUUAUGAUUGAAAGGAACCUUUGCUUAUUAGCGAAGAGCAUGGUAGGUGAUUAUAUUGUACUGUACAUGUCAAUAUAGUCAAACAGUUAAACUAAAGCAACAGAUUACAGCAAGCUUUUGUCUUUUUUCCAAUCAAACCUGUAACCUAAACUCCAUAGACCUACAAUAAACAACUCGUUGCUUUUUUACAUUC